UCUCCCUCGGCGCUGCCGGCCAGCCAUGCCGCGCUCGCGAGGACCGAAGCCGGGGCGCUGCGGCUGCCCCGCGGGGAGGGCUCGCAGCGAAGCCGGGAUUUCGGCGCUCGUACCGGGCGUGGGGAGCCGCUGGGGCCGCCCGCCGCCGCCGCCAACGCCGCCGCCGCUGCUGCUGCUGCUGAGCUGGGGGCUGCUCAGCGCCUCGGCCGCCGCGGGCCAGAACUGCACGUUCCAACUGCAGGGUCCCAAUGGGACAGUUGAGAGCCCAGGGUUCCCAUACGGCUACCCCAAUUACGCCAACUGCACGUGGACCAUCACCGCAGAGGACCAGCACCGGAUCCAGCUCGUCUUCCAGUCCUUCGCCCUGGAGGAGGACUUCGAUGUUCUGUCGGUGUUUGAUGGCCCACCACAGCCAGAGAACCUGCGAACCAGGCUCACAGGCUUUCAGCUGCCAGCCACCAUCGUCAGCGCGGCCACCACCCUCUCUCUGCAUCUCAUCAGUGACUACGCAGUCAGUGCACAGGGCUUCCGCGCCAGCUAUGAAGUGCUCCCGAGUCACACGUGUGGAAACCCUGGGCGGCUGCCCAACGGCAUCCAGCAGGGCUCCACCUUCAACCUGGGCGACAAGGUCCGCUACAGCUGCAACCCCGGCUUCUUCCUGGAGGGCCACGCCAUCCUCACCUGCCACGCAGGCUCCGAGAGCAGUGCCACGUGGGACUUCCCCCUCCCCUCCUGCAGAGCGGAUGAUGCCUGUGGCGGGACCCUGAGGGGCCAGAGCGGCAUCAUCUCCAGCCCCCACUUCCCCGCGGAGUACCACAACAAUGCCGAUUGCACAUGGACCAUCCUGGCCGAGCUGGGAGACACCAUCGCUCUGGUCUUCAUUGACUUCCAGCUUGAGGACGGUUAUGACUUCCUGGAAGUCACGGGGACCGAAGGCUCCUCCCUCUGGUUCACCGGAGCCAGCCUCCCAGCCCCUGUCAUCAGCAGCAAGAACUGGCUGCGGCUGCACUUCACCUCCGACGGCAACCACCGACAGCGUGGCUUCAGCGCCCAGUACCAAGUCAAGAAGCAAAUUGAGUUGAAGUCUCGAGGUGUGAAGCUGAUGCCCAGCAAAGAUAGCCAGAAGACAUCUGUGUUAACUCAGAUUGGUGUGUCCCAAGGGCAUAAUAUGUGUCCAGACCCUGGCAUACCUGAAAGGGGCAAAAGACUAGGCUCGGAUUUCAGGUUAGGAUCCAGCGUCCAGUUCACCUGCAACGAGGGCUAUGACCUGCAAGGAUCCAAGCGGAUCACCUGUAUGAAAGUGAGCGACAUGUUUGCGGCCUGGAGCGACCACAGGCCGGUCUGCCGAGCCCGCAUGUGUGAUGCCCACCUUCGAGGCCCCUCAGGCAUCAUCACGUCCCCCAACUUCCCCAUUCAAUAUGACAACAACGCCCACUGUGUGUGGAUCAUCACAGCACUCAACCCUGCCAAGGUGAUCAAGCUUGCCUUCGAGGAGUUUGACUUGGAGAGGGGCUAUGACACCCUGACGGUCGGGGAUGGUGGGCAGGACGGGGACCAGAAAACGGUCCUCUACAUCCUGACAGGUACGUCGGUCCCAGAUCUCAUUGUCAGCACCAACCAUCAAAUGUGGCUCCUCUUCCAGACAGACGGCAGCGGCAGCUCCCUGGGAUUCAAGGCCUCUUACGAAGAGAUCGAGCAGGGCAGCUGCGGCGACCCCGGCGUGCCUGCCUAUGGCCAGAGGGAAGGCUCUCGCUUUCGCCACGGUGACACACUCAAGUUUGAGUGCCAGCCUGCCUUUGAGCUGGUGGGGCAGAAGGCAAUCACGUGCCAAAAGAAUAAUCAGUGGUCGGCUAAGAAGCCAGGCUGUGUGUGUAAGUGAGCAGGAGGGGCCCACAUGGGGUCUCCGCCCAGAGGCAGGGGCCGGUCCCAGCUAUUCCAGGGGCCUCAUCCUUGGGAACCUUGUAGACGUAACAUCACUCUGGUUGGUUUCUUCUAUUCCUCACGACCCUCUUGGUGGGGUCCUCAUUUCUGGCAGUGACAUAGACUGUAGCACUGAGAAGGGUUGCCCUUGACAUUUGGGGGCCUUCUUCAAUGCCAUCUUCCCUCCCUGGUGAUCCUGGAGAGCAAGGUAGAGGCCACUGGGGCUCAGUUCACCAGGCUCAGACCCAGACAUUUCCUCCUCACCCUCGUUGCCACCAGUGACACCAGACAGUCAAGCCAGGGUGGAAGGGACUAGGAAGUCCUGUAAGAUUGGACUCUGUACCAGCCUCUAAGUGCUGUGGGGAGCCAUGGCCUUGCCAGGACAUAGGAAGUUUUCUCAAACUGCUUCCUCUUGGAUUGGGUUUAGGGAGGGUGAGGAAGCUGUCUUUGGAUUAUUGAUCUUUUGGCAAGAAAGUUGGAGUUGAGUGCUCUGUUCUAUGGAAAUAAUGAGGAGGCCCAUCUUUCUUAUUCUUUGAUGGGAUGGUCAUUCUUUCAGCACAAAUAAUACUUGAAGUCCAGGGUCCCAGUGGAUUUGGCAAGUGUGCGGAGACUGUGUGUAGCUAAGAGUGGUGCAGGCUUGGUAUCUAUUGAGAAAUCAAAGGAUCCAGCUUUUCUGGGCUGUCACUUCUUCUCCCAACUCUCACUGCCCAGCCUUCUCCGUCUCUUUCAAUCUGCUUCUUUUGGGGAAGGGCAGACAGCCUGACCCUCCGCUCUUCUCAGCCAGCUUCUUGGGGCCUCUGAGUGCUGAAUACAAGGGAAUGGUGGCCCCCAGCAUUGGGGGAGGGAAUAACCUUAGAGCAGUGGUUCUCAACCUUCCUAAUGCCGCGACCCUUUAAUACAGUUCCUCAUGUUGUGGUGA